AUGGAGAGUUAUCUGGGAGUCACAGGACCUGCAGCUGCACCAGCAGCCCCCCGUGUCACCAGCAGUGUGACCAAUCCUCCACAGCAGCGCGACGUGCGGCCGCUGGUGGCAGCCAGCGAGGCCAUGCCAGCUUAUACAACUGAAAACCCAUCUGUGAGAAAAGGCAGCCCCGCACCCUCGCCCCACAGCACGCGGCCCCGCACCCUCGCCCCACAGCACGCGGCCCCUCGCCCCAGUAUGCAGCCCCACGCCCUCGCCCCACAGCGCAGCCUGUGCCCUCACCCCACAGCGCGCAGCCCCGCGCCCUCGCCCCAGUAUGCAGCCCCACGCCCUCGCCCCACAGCGCAGCCUGUGCCCUCACCCCACAGCGCGCAGCCCCGCGCCCUCGCCCCAGUAUGCAGCCCCACGCCCUCGCCCCACAGCACAGCCCCGCACCCUCGCCCCACAGCGCGCAGCCCUGCACCCUCGCCCCACAGCGCAGCCUGCGCCCUCGCCCCACAGCACGCGGCCCCGCGCCCUCGCCCCACAGCGCAGCCCCGCACCCUCGCCCCACAGCGCAGCCCCGCGCCCUCGCCCCACAGCGCAGCCCCGCACCCUCGCCCCACAGCGCAGCCCCGCACCCUCGCCCCACAGCGCGCAGCCCUGCGCCCUCGCCCCACAGCGCAGCCCCGCACCCUCGCCCCACAGCACGCGGCCCCGCGCCCUCGCCCCACAGCGCAGCCCCGCACCCUCGCCCCACAGCACAGCCCCGCGCCCUCGCCCCACAGCGCGCAGCCCUGCACCCUCGCCCCACAGCGCGCAGCCCUGCACCCUCGCCCCACAGCGCAGCCUGUGCCCUCGCCCCACAGCGCAGCCCCGCGCCCUCGCCCCACAGCACGCGGCCCCGCGCCCUCGCCCCACAGCGCAGCCCCGCGCCCUCGCCCCACAGCGCAGCCCCGCACCCUCGCCCCACAGCGCAGCCCCGCGCCCUCGCCCCACAGCGCGCAGCCCCGCACCUUCGCCCCACAGCGCAGCCCUGCGCCCUCGCCCCACAGCGCAGCCCUCCAGCUCUCAGCGAGCCGAAUAGAGGAGGGCUGCCUCCUCCGCCGGGCGAAGCAGCAGGGCAGCCGGAGGCUCCCGCACGGCACCGGCAUCCCGAGCCCCUUGCGGCUACGCUCCGCAGGAGGCUCCAGCCGCUGCCACCAGCCGCCCGUCCGCAGGCUGGCACGCAAGCAGCCCGGAGCCCGGCUCUCGCCACAGCCUCCGCGGCAGGAUCGCGGCCGCAGCUGCUCCUGCAGCCGCACGGGAGGCCAGGCUGCGGCUCCCGCUGCGCCCGGGGCCUCCGGGCACGCAAGCAGCCCGGCAGCAGCCGAGCCCCAGCAGCGGCGGCCGAGCCCCAGCAGCGGGCCUGUGGAGCCAGCGGCCCAUUCCCAGCCUCCCUCCACAGAGCCUCCCUCCAUCCUGCCUCCAGCCCUCCGCCGGGGGCAGGGAAUGCAAAUCCUGGGCUCGUUUACCCUACAGACCUCAUCGAUCAAGCCUAAAAUCCACCUCAACGGCCUGCAAAAGUCACGGGGAGAGGGAGAAUUCCGCCAGGCAACCAGCAAAGCAGGGCGGACGCAGGGCUGCGGGGCGCCCGCUGUGAUGAUGCAGCGCGGACGAGACGCGGCUCCGACGUGCCUGUGA